AUGACUAAUAUCGUUGAGGACACUCCAUCACUUAAUAUAGUUUGUAUGGUAGCCCCGUACAAUCCUAUCCCUAAUAUGUUUAUUCCUCACAAAUAUCGUAAUAUAAUUCCUAAGGAUCCUCUUUACACCGCUGAUGGUGCAUAUAUUAUUCCUGGUUCUAAAGAAUGGUUCACCUAUAUGUAUAAUUUACACAUCAACUUGCCUCCACCACUUACAAAAGCACAACGUCGUGCCUUAUUACGACUAGAGAAUGAGUGUAUUGAGAAUAUCAGAAUAAUUAAAGAAGAUGCAAUUCUUCAGGGGACUUCAUGUAAUCAUGUCAAUAGUCGAAAACAUUUGGCAUUUACGUUAACCAGAAUUAGUGAGCAUGUUCACUAUGAAAUGACAGAUUAUACAAAUGAAUACUUGGUAUCUGAGGAUGAAAAGAUCAAAUCAGACAUUUAUAAGAAAAUGAGUAAUUUUACCACAUUAAUGAUUGAUGCAUCUAAAGAGCGUAUUAGUGACUCCAAACGGGUUUGCAGACGGACUAACAUCCUUCCUCCAGGAGCGACAUCAGACACUUCCAACAAUGCUAAAGAACUUGAACUUAGACCUAAAAAAUGA